CUCGCAGGGGCUCACACUGAUCCAAGUUAGGAGCUCUCAGCUGCUAGCCUUGGCCCAUCAUGUAAGGGCUGCUGAGCUUUCUUUGCAGAGCUAUUGCAGAAAUUCCCCGUUUCCAGGCAGAUUUGCACGGUGUGCAAUUCGAAUUUCACUCUUUGCACGGAAGCAAGCGGACCACACGCCUAAAUACUCCAAGUGCAUGCGAAUCCGGGCUUGUGUUUUGCACCUUUGUUGCAAAGCAAGCCCGUUGAAGCUCCAGCGCGAGGGAGAUGGAGGGAGGGAGUGAGAGAGAAGGCAAAGUCUUUUGUGCUUCCCCUCCCCCCCACAACAGCAAAGGGGAAAUGUCUAUGCCAAGGGGAGGUAAGAAGUCAAAGCCGGCGCUCAGGCUCCCUAAGGAGGUGUUUGAGCAGGCUCCCCCAGCAGCAGCCGCACCUCCCAGAGAUUUGGACUCCAAAGCCUGCGUGAGAGUCGGAGACAAGAACUUCGAGGUGAAGGCGGAUGACCUGGAGCAGAUUGGCGAGCUGGGCCGCGGGGCGUACGGCGUGGUGGACCAGAUGAGGCACGUGCCCAGUGGCACCAUCAUGGCAGUGAAGAGGAUCCGGGCGACUGUCAACACGCAGGAGCAGAAGCGUCUGCUGAUGGACCUGGACAUCUCAAUGAGGACGGUGGACUGUUACUACACGGUCACCUUCUACGGGGCUCUCUUCCGAGAGGGAGACGUGUGGAUCUGCAUGGAAUUGAUGGACACGUCCUUGGACAAGUUCUACAAGCGGGUCAUCGAGAAGCACAUGACCAUACCGGAGGACAUCUUGGGCAAAAUGGCAGUGUCUAUUGUGAAAGCCUUGGAGCAUCUCCACAGCAAUCUGUCUGUCAUCCACAGAGACGUGAAGCCCUCCAAUGUGCUCAUCAACACCCAGGGCCAGGUGAAGAUGUGUGACUUUGGCAUCAGCGGCUACCUGGUGGACUCGGUGGCCAAGACUAUGGACGCCGGCUGUAAGCCCUACAUGGCGCCUGAGCGAAUCAACCCGGAGACCAAUCAAAAAGGUUACAACGUCAAGUCUGACAUCUGGAGUUUAGGAAUCACCAUGAUUGAGCUGGCGAUCCUGCGGUUCCCUUAUGACUCCUGGGGCACGCCCUUCCAGCAGCUGAAGCAGGUGGUGGAGGAACCAUCCCCCCAGCUGCCCCCAGACAAGUUCUCCCCUGAGUUUGUGGACUUCAGCUCCCUGUGCUUGAAGAAGAACUCCAAAGAGCGGCCAAACUACACAGAACUCAUGGAACAUCCCUUCCUCAUCUCCCACGAAUCCAAAGAGACCGACGUCGCCAGCUUUGUCAAGGUCAUCCUCUGCGACUGAGACCUAACCCAAUCCGGUCCGACCCGAACCCACCCUGACCCACCUCCCCUGCCCCCGCCCCCCCCCUCCAACCCCAGCCAAUCGCACGACGCAGGCGGUACUAUUUCCCACGCCCAAACCAACAAACCAAUCAACACACAGAGAGAGAGAGAGAAGCAAGAAAGCACCAAUAGCAAAGCUUGGCAACGUAGCCAGACGAAGGAGUGGAGGGACUUUGGAGUGGUCAGAGGAGAUGGACGCCCACCCUAGCCAAUGGAGACGGAGACGGAGAUGGAGAUGGAAGCCCACCCUAGCCAAUGGAGAUGGAGAGGGGGACCGGGUGGACUGGGGGGGUGGGGGUGGGAGUAUGGGUCACUGAAACAACACAUAGAAGUGAGAGGUGAGGAGGGGCUAGGCCAUGUGUUGGAGAAUGCAUUUGUGUGUGUGUGUGUGUGUGUGUGUGUGUGUGUGUGUGUGUGU